GCGCCAAAAUGACAAAGACCACCAAAAUCAAUCCUCUGAAUCAUUUGCUGAGCUCCACUGAAAUUUCAGCAAAGCUACUCCCAUGCCAUGGCUCUCCUAAUCAACUCCAUGAACACAACACCACUCUCUAAUCUCAAAUCUCUCUCUUUCCUCAACUCCUUUCCUCUUAAAUUAUCUCAAUCAACCCGAAAAUCUUUUCCAAUUCGUGUUUCACCAAUUAAUUUCACAAUUUUCCAGCAAUUGAACAAGAAAGAUGAAAUUAUAGACAAUGAUAAUAGUUCAAAUCAAUCCGAAGAUUCCUCGAUUACGCAACAAAAGAAGAGAUUGUCGGAGCAGUCGUCGUGGGAAACGAAGGAUUCGAGGGGCAAUGAUUAUCUUUAUAGGCUUGGUGCUGAGGCUGAUAAUAUGAACAUUGCUGUGGGUGCUAAGUCGGGUGUUAUUGAUGAUCUUUUCGCCGGCAAUUUCCUCGGCCGAGACGCGGACAUUGUAUUUGACUAUAGACAGAAGGUCACAAGGUCGUUUGAAUACUUGCAAGGCGAUUACUACAUUGCUCCCUUAUUUUUGGAUAAAGUUGUUUGCCACAUUGUAAAGAAUUUCAUUGCUCAUCAUCUGAACGCUAAAGUUCCUCUAAUCCUAGGAAUUUGGGGAGGAAAAGGUCAGGGGAAGACAUUCCAAACUGAGCUUAUUUUCCGGGCUUUGGACGUCGAGCCAAUUAUAAUAUCUGCGGGAGAACUGGAAUCCGAAAAAGCUGGUGAACCUGGUAAAUUAAUACGGGAGCGAUACAGAACAGCCUCUCAAGUGGUGCAGAACCAAGGAAAAUUGAGCUGUUUGUUGGUCAAUGACAUUGAUGCUGGCAUUGGUAGAUUUGGAGAUACUCAAGUGACAGUUAACAAUCAAAUCGUUUCUGGAACUUUGAUGAACUUGGCUGAUAAUCCCAACAGAGUUAGCACUGGACAGAAAUGGCGUGAAUCGGAUGUUACUCAUAGAAUUCCUAUUAUUGUCACAGGAAAUGACUUUUCAACAAUUUAUGCUCCUCUAAUCCGGGAUGGGAGGAUGGAGAAAUUCUACUGGCAGCCAAAUCAUGAAGAUAUUGUUAACAUUGUUCAUCGGAUGUAUGAAAAAGAUGGAAUAUCCAAGGAUGAGGUUCUCGGCAUUGUGAACACAUUUCCUGAUCAAGCCUUAGAUUUCUAUGGAGCAUUGAGAUCCCGUACAUACGACCGAUCUCUUCUUAAGUGGGUUGAUGAAUGCGGAGGUGUUGAGAAUCUAGGAAGCAUACUUUUUAAGCAAAGGAGAGGUGAUAAACUUCCAGUUUUUGUGCCACCUGAGCAAAAUGUCGAGGCUCUUCUCGAAUCAGGCUACUCUCUUGUGAAAGAACAGCAAUUUGUCAUGCAAAACAAACUUUCUAAGGAGUAUAUGAAAAAUAUUGAUGAAUAGAAUCCAAACUACUUUAUUUAGGACACCCAAUGUGAAAUGUUUAGGUGGGUUAAUCAGAGCAACCCCAUGGAAGAUCUUCAAUAUCAUGUUAUGGAGAAGGAAACAAGAAUUUCCGAGUUGGAGUAUGAGCAACAAUGCAGAGAAGAUAAAAUCAAGAGGUUACAAUUGAAGAAGGAUAACCUAGAAGAGGAUGUUCAAGAAAUGAAGAAUGAAGUGUAUGCGAUGCGAGCAGAGAUGAUGAAUUGUUCGAGGAACGAGAAGAAUUUAUCCAUGGCUUUGGUUUUUUCUUGGAUUUUCUUUGUUGUAGUUUUGUUUUAUGUCAAAUUUUAGGUGGGAUUUUAGGUGGGGUUGUAAUUUCCUUGAAGAUAUAGUAAGGGGACUUGUUUUUAUAUUUGUAGUUUGUGUUCAGAUAUAAUGGUACUUGACUAAUGAAAUGCAAUUAGAAAUAAUUUCUCAAUAUAACAUAAUCAUUGUCUUUAUAGAUGUGAAAGCUGAUAACAUAUAGAAUGAUUGUUCAA